AUGGCUCCAGAUGAUACCAGCCCCUGCGCAAGCGAACUGCAGCUCCGCCUAGCUUCGGCGACUGCAACACCCAUCUCAGAACUAAGCCCCCAACUUAGCGACCUCGCAUCGCGUACUAUUCAUGGCAUAAUUACGGUCAUUUGGCCCUACAGCAUCAUCAAAAAGUCCGUGGCAUUCCAGCUCGCAGAGCCUGAUUUUCGGUUACGGCGGCAGAGAGGCCAGGUCCGGGUGAAUUUUGUUGGCGCAUGCGCCAAGGCGAUUACGGAUGCUGGAUUAGGUAGUGGCGAUGAGAUUCUCAUUAGUCUGGACGGAGCGGAGUGGGUGGAAAAUGAUGCGCCGGCGAGGAUACCCGGAACGACCCUAGAGUGGCAGCUCAAGUUCGUAUCCAGCGCGCUUUUACAGGUCAAAAAAGCCGAUGCAGAAGAACCGACAGUCAUCCAUGUUGACGCGGUCGGUGUGGGUGCUGAAGAUACCAAAGCCCCCCCUGCGCCAACAAUAGAACCGAUCGAGGAACUUCCAAGCACAUCCGAGGUGCUGGCAACUCCUCAACGCGCGCUACCAACGAAGCGACGAUUUUACUCCGGUCUGGAUGCGGACGAAUACGCGUCACCCGCGUUUAUCAAACGCGCGCGAAUGUCGUAUGGCUCGCUUUUCGAGGGCGGAUUCGACAUUUUCGACGAAGAUAAAGCUGCGACUUCUCGUAACCGUAGGCGUUCCGGAUUUGCAAGAAAUAGCAAUGCAUGGAGAUAUAUGAGUGAAUCUAGAAGCCCUACCCCGGAGUCCCCACCGGAAGCUGUCGAAGAAGUCCAUCAGGAACUGCCAAGGAGCCCAUCGCGCACGCCUCCGAAACCUCUCAUGGCGGACGAGGGGGUCCAAACAUCGGAUAUUGACAUUCCAACUUCUCCAAUACCGGCGAAAAAAGCAGUGCAUGUCUCGGAUGAGAGUCGCAUAAUGACGGAAACCGUCUCGGAAAUGACAACCACAACGGGCAGCUCCGAUCACCAUGUUCUAAUACCCGACCAUUCAACGCUUCCUACAUUAGAUCGUGCUCACGAACCCCUUCCUCCGAGCUUUGUCCACUCUCCGACUAGAAAUCGGUUCGCGCUGGAACACGAUGAUAUCCCAGCUACCCACGAUACCACAGCUUCUCCGCCAAGAAAUGGCGACAUUGGCUCACAGCCGUAUCACACCGACGAGAACCAGCUUCCUGUAACCUCUCCGCCCAGCUUUCCUGAUCACGCCACUCCUUGGGGCCAGGCACACUCGUACCCGCCUUUACCUGUUUCCCAUGCAAUGGAGGUACCCUCAUUCGCGUCGCAUUCCUCUAUAGAUUAUCCCGAUCUGCAUUCUUCGCUUCCCCCAACCGUUGACCCUCAUUUGGCCACUGAGCGUCAUCUCCUUCCCUUUGAAGAAACCAGCCACGAUGAUGAUCGGCGCCACCAUGAGCCAUACUUAAUAUCGUCUGACGUCCCAUUAGCGGAAGAAGACCAUGCAAUGGGCGCCCCUGAGGAAGGCGGGUCGCGCGAAGAUGAGAACACCGAAGAGCCUCAGACUUGCUUCCAGCAGAAUAUCGGUACGCUAGUCCGCGGCCCAGAACAGGAACAGGAGCCUCCAGUGCCCGCGGGUGAUACAAAAGAGGAGGAAAAUAUCCCGCCUCUCGCUGGCUAUGAUGAUCCCAAUGUGGGAGGGGAAGAAAGCGAAGAGGAGGUUGAGGCGGAAGAGGAGGAAGCAGGAGGAGAUUAUGAUACGCGGAAUUACGCCGACGUGCAAGAUGAUGACGAAGGUAAUGAUUACGAAGAUAUGGAACGGGACGAGAAUCCACACGACCCUGAUGCGCAGACGUACGACGAAGAUGAGGAGACGUAUGAAGAGGAGGAGGCCGAGGCGGAGGAAGGUGCAGAACUUGACAGAGAGGAGAUGAUGGGUGCUAAUGACGAGUAUGGAGAGUAUGAGGAGGGGGAGGAAGACGAUGAGCGGUAUCGGGGGGAGGAAUAUGGCGAUGAGUACGAAGACGACUAUUACGAGGACGAAGAGGUUGGGGGGGAGGAUGAGGACGAAGACGAGGAGCCUUCGAGGUCGCCACAACCUGCGUCGUCAGCUCCGGUUUUUAUUGAUUUAAUAUCAGACUCGGAGGAUGAGGAAGAAGAAGAAAAAGAGAAAGUUAAGCCAGCCGGAGGUGAAGGCGUUGAGGAGGAGGAAGCGCUGCAACCAAACGGGUAUGAUGAUGAUGAUGAUGAUGAAGAAGAAGAAGAAGGAGAGGAGGAGGAGGAGGUAGAAGAGGAAGGGGAGGCUGAAGAGGAAGGGGAGGCUGAAAAGGAAGAGGAGGGAGAACAGGCGGAUAAGGUAGGGGAACAAACGGAAGAAGAGGGGGGGGAGGAGGAGGAGGAGGAGGAAGACGAUGCCGAGGAAGGCGAAGAGCAGGAUGAAGCAGAGCUUGAGGAUGAUCACAAGGACGUGGUUCAUAAGGAUUCCCGAAAAGGUUCAUCUCCUGCCCCUCCCUCUUCACCACAUCAGCCUCAUGAAAUAGACGAGGAAGAAGUGCAAGUAAAAUCGCCUACCCCUGAGCCGGUGGAACUGCUUCCAUCGUCUCCUCCUACCACAGAGCAACCUCACGAAACCGAGCCAGAGCGGCCACCAAUCUCAUCACCGAAACCUUCUGAAAACUCAGGGGUUCCUGAAGCCGCCGAAGUCGAAAAGCCGCCGGACUCUGUUCCAUUAGCUGACGAAGAACACGUCGCUGUAGAGGAAUCGGAGCUCCAACAACCUACGGUGGAAGAGGCGGAUGCGGAUGAGGUAAUGGAAGAUGCCCCCAUGGUCGAGAGUAUGGAACCGGUAACCGAACAGCCAGAAAUGAGGGAAGCUACGGAUGAAGUCAUGACCGAUGGGCUAGACGCCGAGUUACUAGAAGAUCAGGUCGAUUUGAUACAGAGGCCCCAGGACAAGCAGGAUACGGACGAGUCCAUGGCUGGGUCAGCUGUUGAGGAAACCGUUGAGGAGCAGAUGCAAGCCGAGUUAGAGAAGCAGUACCAAGAGGAAAUUUCACUUCUAUUAGAGGCGGAAGAUGAGGGUACUGGCAUGGCUGAGGACAAAGACGAACAGACCCAACCAAUCUCCAUGGACUUUGCAGUACCGACCAAGGCUCGUGCAGCUGCGCCGGAUGUACUGGCACUUGCGUCUCCUCCUUCGACUCAACAUGCAUCGCAGGGUGAGCCAGAACCCGAACAGGAAAGAGCACCCCAGGUAGAUGGGGAGACUUACCCCGAGGCUCCCACCCUUCCCCAGCUGCCAACCCCAGAUGCCUCCCAGGUACAUCCGAGUACACAACUCUCGCAAGAAAGCAACAGGGAGGAAACCAAGGACGGUAUUGUUGUACAGCUACCUCGGAGGACAACACCAGCGGAGGACAUGACUGCUGAGGAGGGUGCAAACGAGCCGGCUUCCGGGGACGUUGCACAAAGUCCAGCUCCAUCCGAGUCGCAGUCGACCAUUGCGGCAUCGAUUGAAGUUGCAGAGGAAGUCCGGGAGGAAUCGCACACGAGCUCAGCUGUCGCGCCGGAUGGAUAUGCGAUUACGGUGAAAUCGCUCAGAAGCCGAAGUCACCGUCGCAUUUCAUCGACAGAAAGGGUCGAGAGCCCCAUUCAAGAUCCUAGUGCCCAGCUCGCCAGAGCAUCAUUAGCGGCGAGAAGAUCGAUUCUUCCGGUCGAGAUGAGCCCUCCACAAGCGGUUGUCAGAGCCACGCGGUCACGGACGCAAAGCGUCCAUAUGAGCACGAGCCCCGAGCCAGCGACUCAUAUAGUCCCGCGCUCUCCCGCUGCUUCGCAAUCGCAGCACUCAGAAGCGGCAGCUGAGGAGGAAAAGAGCGAGUCCAUGUCGGCGCUAAAACUGCAACUGAAUAAGGCUCUACGGUUUACGCUGCCCGACCUUACGGCCCUCAAGAACCUCCGACAAGUCGCCAACGCGAAGAUCGACGUCAUCGGUGUAGCGACGACCCAGCCCCCGCCCGCCCAGCGCCCAAAGCACGGGCCAAGAGACUACCUACUCGCCUUCAACAUGACGGACCAGACGAUGGCGCCCAACAACGUGAUCGUCGUGCAAGUCUUCCGCCCCCACAUCGAGUCCCUGCCCGUCGUCAGGGAAGGCGACGUUAUCCUGCUACGGCAGUUCGUCGUUAUGGCGAUGCGAGGCCGCGAUUUCGGCUUGCGGAGCUGCGACGCAUCGAGUUGGGCCGUGUUCGAGAAGGAUCGCGAAGAUGGGCUUCCACAGAUCAAGGGCCCGCCGGUGGAGGUUACGAAGGGGGAGGAUGCGCAGGCGGCGUUGCUGCUUAGGUGGUAUGCGGCGCUGGGACCUAAGGCUAGGGAUAAGCUCGGUCUGGCGAACCAGAGGAUGGAUGGGGCGCCGGCGGCGUAG